AUGAAUAUCGAGAAGGAUAAAAGAAAUAUUCGUUAUGAAUACGAAUUAGAUAAAAUAAGAAAGAAGAAGAAAGACAAUUUAUUAUGUAUGAAUAUAUUGAAUAAUAAGAUAUAUUAUAUAUGUUACAUGUUAAAAAGUAAUUAUAGAGAUACAUUGAAUGAUAUAAACAUAGAAAAUAAGACAGCUGUAGAAUUAUGUUUAUAUAAUUGUAAAUCAUAUAUUUUAUUUUUAUUAUUAUUCUAUCCAUAUUUACAUAAUUACAUAAGAAUUCUAAAAACGAAUGAUUUAAGAUUAUAUAAGAAUUUUUAUAAGUAUAUAUUAAAAAGACGAAAUAACUUCCAUGUUUUAUUAUUUAAAUAUAAAACAUUGGAAGGUAUUAAAUUAAAAGAACAACAUGAUAAACAUUCAAAUGAUAUUAUUAAUUAUAUGGAUAUAUAUAAUAUUAAUAUGUUUAUGAAUGGAGAAUUGGAUAUAGCAGAUACAGAAAAUAAAAAUAAAUAUUUGCAUAAAAAUAAUCAUUUGAAUGAUUUAUUAUUAUUAAAUGUAUAUUUUAAAGAUAUUAUGUCCAAAAAUCAUUUUAUAUGUAUUCUUUUUUCAAGAAUAUAUAUAAAAAAAUACCACAAAAAAAUAUUUCGUAUAUUAUUACUUAUACUCUUUUAUUUUUCUUUACCAACAUUUCCUUUUUCUAAAAAUUUCUUCAUCACAUAUCAUAAUUGGAAGAACACAAAUAAAAAUAAGAAUGAACAGAAAGACACAAUCGAAAAUAAAGAUGUAGAAGAAUAUAAAUCGAUUGAAGAUCAUAAGAAGAUAUGCAACAAGAAUAAGGGAAUACAAAAUGAAGAAGAAAGUCUUUGCCCUACACAACAAUAUUUAUGCAUUAAGAAUGAAGAAGGAAAUGGAGAUAACCUAUCAAAUCUUUUAAAUAAAAAAAAGAGUACAAAAAAAAAAAAAAAAAAUAAAAAUAACAUAUCCUUUUAUUGCAAAAGAAAAUAUUUUAUGACACCUUUCUUUGAACAUAUUAAUAUUCCUACUAUAUAUAUUAAUGAUUAUUUUUCUAAUCGCAACAAAAUAUUUAAUAGAGAAGAGUUUCAAAUUGUAAAUAAAAAGAAGAGGAAUAAUACCAGAAGGAAGAAUGCAUAUAAUGAAUAUUUUAAUAAUAAUAAUAAUAAUGAUAGUUGUUUUUUUGAUAAGAUUGGUUUUAAAAAUGUGAGAACAAAUCAAGACAACUAUAUGGAUCACUCAGAUAGUAGUAGUAGUGUAUCUAGCGAUUUAAGUGAAGAUAUUUUAUCAGAUGUAGAAGAUGAAAAUACAUUGAGAAAGUUUUUUAAGAAAGAAAUUAAUAAUAAAUAUUCAAAGGAAAAUACUAAUAUGAAUGAAAAUGAAAAAGAAGAAAAAAAUAUAUAUAAUUCUAUAAAUGAGAAAAAAACUUUAUUCAAUGAUGAACUCAAAGAAAUGUAUGAUACCUUUGCUAGAUCUACCAUAACACAUAUGCAGAAUGGUUUUUUUCAAAUGAAUAUAAAUGAAUAUGAUUUAUAUGAUGAUAAUAAUAUUAUAAGAAGAAUAUAUAAAAAUGAUGAGAAGCAAGGUAAAUAUAAAUUUGAAAAAGAACCAUAUGUUAAUGAUUUAUGGGUUAAUGUAAUAAAUUUUAAUGAAGCAGAUGAAAAUAAAAAUACAUUAAUUCAUAAAGCUUGUUUAGUAGGAAAUCUUAAUAUUAUAUAUGUAUUAUUAUAUUUAAAUGUAGAUCUAUUUGUAUAUAAUCAUAAGAAUGAAUUACCUCUACAUUGUACUAUAUAUAACUGUGACCAGUAUAUUUUUCUAUUACUCUUACAUAAUACAAUCGAAUGCUUAUUUUUUGUUUUAUUGGAAAAAUAUGAAAACUGGAAAAACAGUCAAAUAUCAAAAGAACAAAAAAAAAAAGAAAAAAAAAAUAUAAAAAAAAACAAAAAAAAUAAAAAAAUAAAUAAAAAAAACAAAAAAAAUAAUAAUAAUAAUAAUAAUAAUAAUAAUAAUAAUUGUGUAGUUAACUAUAGUAGUGUUAAUAAUUCCGGUUUGUACUCAAAUAUGAAUUAUAAUAUAAAUGAAGAAAAUAAUAUGAUGUAUUUAAUUAAUUCAGAAAGUGAGGAAGGACAACCAUUAUUUGUAGAUGCUAAAAAAAUGAAAGAACAAAAUAAUGUUCAAAAUAAUGAAAAAGGAGGAGAAUAUAAAAAAAAUGAAAUGUAUAAAAAAUAUAUUAGAAAUGGAAAAUUUUUUUAUUUUAAAAAUAUAAAUGCAGAUUUUCUUCAUAAUGUAAUAAAAUUAUAUAUAAGUGUAAUGGUUAAAAUAAUUGAAUUAGGAAAUUUCGAAUUUUUAAAAAUUCUUUUUAAUUACAACAAUUGUGUAUUUUCAUAUAUUUUAUUAAUGAAAGAACUGUUUUCCUUUUUAUGUUCAGUAGCUUGUAUGUAUAACUGUUUAAAUACUUUUCUCUAUCAUUGUGAUAAGAUUAUUAAGUGGUCUUCAUUUGCAAAAUAUGUACAGGAUCAGAAAGUGAUAUAUUCAGAUAAAAGUAAGAAAAGAAAAAAUAUAUCUUCAUAUGGAACUAAUAAUUAUGAUAAAAAUGAAAAUAUCAUAUGUAAUAAUAAAUCCAAUGAUCUUAUUACAGAAGAUGAAGAAAAAAAAAGAAACGAAUUUCAGAAUAAUAAUCUUUUUCAGAAUGGUCCUUGUAGUACCUUAAAAAAAAAUAAAAAAAUUUGCGACACAUCUAGAAGUAAUUCUUUUUUUGUAAAUAGUUAUGAGAAAAUUGAAAAUGUUCAUGCAGAGGAUUUUUUGAAUACGUUGAAGAGUGUACCUUCUAUAAUUAAGGAUAUUAAUGAAAGUGGCAACAACAUUGAUGAUAAUAAUAUGAACAAGAAUAAUGAAAAUAUGAAUACUGCAUGCGAUAUAUCUUUUAAUAGACCUAAUUUUUGUUGUAAUGUUAACUAUGUACAUUCAAAUAAGGUCGAAAAAGGGAAUGAUACAUUAGAAGUUUUAUGUCAAUCAAGAGAGAAGAAAGAAAAUAAGUAUUUUAAUUAUAAUAAUAUUAUUAAGAAACGUAUUAAUAAAAUGAAUGGCAUAGAAAUAUUUUUUUCAAAAGAAUGCUUUAAACAUAUAUUCGUUCCAGAACCAUGUGAUCAACCAUAUGAAAGAAAUAAAUUGAGAAACACCAUUCCAGAGAAUUCUACAAGAUUAGAUGUACUAAUAUCUAAUAAGCAUGGUAUUUUAAAUAUAAAUACAUUUGCAAAAUUUAAAGUUACAUGUAUUGAUAGAAAAGCAACAGCAAAUGAUAUAUUGAGAGUACAUGAUAUUUCUUAUUUAAAAUUUAUCUUGAGUAAAAUAAGAAAUUUUAAGAACACAUAUGGUGAUGAUGAUAAUGAUGAUAUAUAUUUUGAUGACUUUUUGACAAAGGCAAAAAAGAAAUUUAAAAAUUAUUUAUUGACAGAUAAUAAUAAUAAUAAUAAUAAUGAUUUUUAUAACUUUACUACAGAUAAUGAUGAUGAUGAUAUUGAUGUUCAUGUUAAUAAAGAUCGUCCCAUAUUAAUGAAUGAUGUAUUGGAAACAUUUUAUUUAAUAAAUAAAAAGAAUGAAGUAGAAAAUAAAAUUUUAAAUAAUAUGCAUAAGACACAUUUGAUUAAAAAUAGAGAUCUUUAUAUAAAAAAAUAUUUAGAAAAAGUUCGUACAUCUAUGGAUGAUAAUAUGCAGGAUGUACCAAUAGUUUCACAUGCAGUAAAAAAAAAGAAAAAUCAUUUAGAUAAAAACAAAUAUAAGAAUUAUUAUGAUGAUAGAUAUAUUUAUGAAGAUGAAAAAUAUGUGUUUUUAGAAAAUGGUAUAAAAGUGAAUAUAUUUACAGAUGAUGCUUAUUCAGAAGCUAAUAACAUUAUAUCAAAUAAUAAUAAUAUACUUUAUAAUAAUAAUAUAUAUUUUAAUAACAAUUUACUUUAUUAUAAUAAUAUUCUUAUGGAUGAAAAAAGGAGUAAGAAUACAUUAUUUGAUAAUGAACAUAAUAAUAGUACAUCAACAUCUCAUGGUAAUUUCUUCAAUAUAAAAGAAGAAUUAUCAAGCAAUAAUAUGAGUAGAAGAGUAAAUGAUGAUCAAUUAAAAAAUAAAAACUCAAAGACAGGUAAAUUAGAAAAAUUAUUGCCUAUAGAUAAUGAUACCUUUGUAAAUAAACAUUCUUUUAAUUGUGCUCUUAAUGCUAGUGGGGUUGUUUUAAAUGCUGUAGAUUUUGUAUAUGACCAAAAGAAAAUUUUGAAUUAUGAAUAUGAAAAAUUAAAGAAUUGUAAAGAAUGUAAAAAAUAUAGAAAUUGCAAAAAAUGCAAAAAUUGUGAGAAAUGCAAAAAAUUGAAAAAAUUGAAAAAAUGCAAAAAUUGCAAAAAUUGUAAAAAAUGUAAUAAAUGUAAAACAUGCAAAAAAAAUAAUAAUAACCUCACUUUUAAUCCUAAUAGUAGAAAGAAAAUAUUUUGUGUUGUUCGACCACCUGGUCAUCACCUAGGAACCUUUGGUGCUGCACAAUUUAAUUUAACAGAUGAAGAUGUUGCAGCAGGUAGCCAAGGAUUUUGUAUAUUAAAUAAUGUAGCUAUUGGUUUAGCUUAUGCAAAAUAUUGCUAUAAAGGAUUUGAUCGUAUAGCUAUUAUAGAUUUUGAUGUACAUCAUGGAAAUGGUACUGAACAGAUUAUUAGAAAUAUAGGAUUAAAAAAAAUGAGAAUAAAUGAAUAUAUAGAUAUAUAUUCUUGGAAAGCAUGGAAAGAUAAAGAUGAUAGAAAAACUACAUUUUUUAGUUCUAUACAUGCAUAUGAUGGAUUUUUUUAUCCAGGAACUGGAUAUGAUGCAGUUGAAUUAGAUCCUUAUAUAAUUAAUGUUACAUUAAAAAGAAAUAUUGGUCCAGCUGAAUUUCUUAAAUUAUUUCAUGAUAAUAUAUUAAUACAUCUUUAUAAUUUUAAACCAAACUUAUUAUUCUUAUCUGCUGGUUUUGAUGGACAUAAACUUGAUUAUGUAAAUAAUGGAUUUAUAAAAAAAAAUGCAUCCACAUAUUUUUAUUUAACUCAAUUAGUAUUAUCAUUACAAAAUAAAUUAAACUUUCCAAUUAUUAGUGUUUUAGAAGGUGGAUAUAAUACUUCAAAUGAUAUGGCCUCUGUUUUUAGUCUAUCUGUUUUAGAGCAUGCAUUAUCUUUUUAUUAUAACGAUAUAACAUUUAUUAAUAAACAAAGAACAAAACUCAAAGAUAUGCCAAAGAAAAAUAUUUUAAGAAAGAAAAAAAAAUAUAAUGAUGAUUUCAAUAUAUGUUAUACUCUAUGUAGUAAAUAUUAUGAUGACUUGAAUAUAUAUUACGAUGAUUUUAACAAAUAUUAUCAUGAUUUUAAUAAAUAUUAUAAAAAUUUAAAUAUUAUUCUCAAUAAAAAUAAUAAAUACAGUAGUGCUAAAUCCAAUACACACACAAAAAAAAAACACCCAAUUAAUAUAUCUAAUACAAAUAUUAUAGAUCAAGAAAAUAAUAUUAAUAAUAAUAAUAAUAAUAAUAAUAAAAUACAAAAGAUUCAAGAAAAACAAAAGAAUUUUAAAGAAACACCUAUUUUAUACUUUCCAUAUAUAUUCAUAGGAAAAGAAAAAUUAAUAAGUAUGUUCGAAAAUUAUUUUUCUGCUUUUAAAGAAAAAACAAAUGAAACACAAGAUUUGAAAUUAAUUUAUAAACUAAUAGAAUAUAAUAAUUUCUUGAAAUCAUAUGAUUUAAAAAUUUUAGAUAUGAAAAAUAAAAUUAACAAAUUUAAAUAUGUACAUAAAGCUGCUUUGAAAAAUAUUCUAUCAGAAUGUUAUCAUGAUUAUUUAAAAAUAAAAUAUAUAAAAUUACCAAAUAAUUGUUAUUUCUAUGAAUUAUUAUUACAUCUUCAAAUUAAUAACAUAUAUGUCAGAGGUCAAUAUUAUAACAAUCAAGAUAAUAAAUUCUUUUCAGCAAUCAACAAUCCUUACGAUUUUAAUCAACUCCAUCUUGAAAAUUUUAAAAGACACCCGGAAAAGGAAUUCGAAUUAAUAAACUUUUGGAACGAAUAA